GUCAGUUAAGCUGAGAAACUUGUAUGAGUCGGACAAGGCUUUCCCCCAGCACCUUUUUAGUUUGUAAUUCUGUGGAUCAUCAAUUAUUCACCUCAAACGUAUUCAAAAGACUCAUAGGGCAUUUCUUUUGCCUCAAUUUUUUUUCGCAUAAAUAACACCGAAGUUUCGUUAAGUGAAAAUUGUCGUUAACAUUCCAUCACAAUUUUAUGUGUUUUCGCGAGGAACUUUAAUGAAUACAAGAUUAAUUCCAAGUGGUUUGAUUGCAAAUUAUCCUUUUAAUAUUUUUUUAAUUGACUAAAAAAAGUGAAUUGAGACGAUAAGUUUAAAAUUCGGAAGUUUUCCGAAAGGUGGCAAAAAUUGAGUGAAAUUGUAUUGCUCACAUAAUUGCGCACGAGGUACAUUGUACAUUGGAAAACAGUGAGAGGAACACAUUCCACAGGUGCUGAAAGAAACUCUGAAAACACAUUUUUCGUCUGCAGAAAGUUAUUGGAUUUACUUCUCGCGAGUUUUUUUUUAAAUUAAAAAAAAAUAGAAACAAGAAAAGUUCUGUGCCUAGCCAUUAAUUUUUUCCGGAAAGCGUUACUGACAACCUGCUGACAUUUUCUUUGGUCAAUUUUUUUUGGAAAAACUUUUCAACCCGUCAUCAAUGGAAAUACUUCAUGAGAGUUAUUGCAGCUGGUAACGAUGCAGCAUGCGAGCUUUUUGUACCGUCAGCGCGCCCCUCGAGGUCUGCGCGCCACCCACACGCCCACUGUGUCCAGGUGCAAGAUUCCUAGCACUCAGAUUGCUGGGAACACCACAAGCGCGCACUCUUUACUUUCUAGUAGAAGCCAAGAGUCGCGUUCGCGAAGUUUACGCACAAACAUGCCUUCAUUUUGCCAAGCAGGGUAUGCUGGAUACCGAACUCUUCGGACUGGCUGUUCUCACAGAUGGCGAGUAUCUAUUUGCCGAUCCAGAGAGCAAAUUGUCCAAGUACGGCCCGAAGAGUUGGCGUUCAUCUCACACGCACGGCCUCGACGCAAAUGGUCGUCCUCUCCUGGAACUACACUUCCGUGUGCAGUUCUACAUCGAGAGUCCCCUAAUGCUGCGAGAUGAGACAUCCCGUCACUACUACUAUCUUCAGCUAAAAGCCAACGCGGUGUCCCGUGAUGUGCCAAAAGAGUGCUCGGAGCAGAGUCUUCUGCUACUGGGUGGCCUAGCCCUGCAGGCUGAUCUGGGUGAUUCUCCUGAGGAACAGUCAACAGACUACUUCCGCCAUGAAGAGUACAUUCCAGCUGGUAUGCAGUCAUCCUGGGGUGCUUCAGCACUCAAUUCCUGCCACCGCGAGUACCGUGCCAUGUCCCGUGCAGACGCAGAAACGCACUAUAUACGCGAAGCGUGUGCACUCCAUGAAGCCAUCAAUGCCCACAUGUUCCGGAUGAAAAGCACCAAGAAUGACAGCAGUCCGGGUUCUGUGUGGCUGGCGGUAUACGCGAAGGGCAUUAAGAUCAUGGGUGAUACCACAAUGCCAACGACAUUCCUCUGGCCAACCAUCAGUAAACUGAGUUUUGAGCGAAAGAAGUUCGAAAUACGGUCAGGUGACAACAAAAUCACCCUCUAUGCCAGCAGUGAUGAGAAGAACAAGAUGCUCUUGUCGCUGUGCCGGGAAACCCAUCAGUUCUCCAUGAAGAUCGCACCAAGACUCACGGAGGCCAUUAAGCGUGAAGAGGAGGAGAGUAGUUGCAUUCAUGCCUGCUACAUGUACUCACGAUCACUCAACUUGCCCUACAACAAGAAUAAGAACGACCAGCGGAUUUCGGUGAUCAGCAGCACGAGCAGCAAUACCACAUCUGGGAUAAUUAGUGACCGUGUGCAUUCGGAAGAUGAGCUAGAAAUUAUGAUAAAUUCCCCACCAGCCGUACCCAUUGCAGCCCCGAGCACGGAGAGCUUAGCUCUGGCUCACCUACUCGAUCGACCCAGUGUGAGUCGGCAGGCAUCGUCGGUGGGUCAGGUGUCACUGAAGGAACUGGAAGACACUCUGGCUGCCCUCAGUGUGCGAUCAAUGAGCAGUGAAUCCACUGAACCUCAGGAACGCAAUACCACAACCACUGAUCGCACAUCAAAUGACACCGAUUCACCGGGAUCACAGCACAAUAUCAGUUCGCAAUGUUCCUCCACAUGUAGCACAGUUGUUGUAGCCACAGAAACCACCAAUCUUCUGACACCACCACAGACCACUGCAAGACGCCAUAGCACAUGCUCGAGUUUGGAGCUGGGAUUUAGUCACACGGCCCAAAACUCUGUUCUCAGUGAAGUUGCAUCGACGUGCUUGAACCACGACGAAGAGGAGGAAGAAGGAUCAUCGCUAGGGGUUUACACCCUUGCCCACACUGCUCCGCCAACGGAAACCAGUGGGGUGUACACGAUGAACAGCAGUGAGAUGGCCGAAUCCGAGAGUCAUGAAUCCUCGCACUAUGGCAGUUUCCAACCAAAUGAAAGCAUUGCCAAUCUUGACUCUGUGGACGGGGAUGAUUUCCGGCAUCGACUAAACAGUGACGCUACCACGGACUUCCGGAUACGUUCUGACUCCAAUGUUAGUGCUUCAGGUUCCUUCAGGGGUGAUGGAAGUGAUCCUACGGAUAACAAACACGCUUUGCUGAGUGCUGAGGAGCUGACGGAUCUGAUUGUAGGCAGGGGUACCUACCCCAAUAGGAAAACUGUGAGCAAUACCAUGGAUUCUGACUGCGACUACGUGACGCUACCACUGCCACUGGAAGGUGACAGCUACAUCCAGGGUCAUCAAGAUACAGCGCCGACUGAAGAGGAAUUCGAACUGGACAUCUUAGCAAAUCCCCCUGCUCCUCCGAAACGAAUCAAUAGCGUUGGUAGGAGUUCACUUGCGAAUAUCAUUCCAGCUCGAAGAUCACCGCCACCUUACAACUCUCGGCACGAGACAACUGGCUUAUGUGGUCCGGCUGUCAAGGAGGAAGCCCCGGUAAUCCCUCUGAGGGAUCCACCGCCUUAUCCUCAGCAGCCAACCCCAAGAGUAGCUCCAAAUUUUCCAGCUCCUUCAACCCCUGGAUCGCAGUCUUUCAGUGCUGUUAUUCCUGAGGAAGCAACAGCCAGAUUUAUCACCACUCGACCCCAUAUCAACAUCCUUAAGGCGCAUACUAGUGUUGUGGGAGAGAAACCAAGUUUUGCAGCCCCUACUACCCCAGCUGUGACACCCACUACAUCUGCCAUCAGUGCUCCAACGACCAUUGGCAUCCCUAUAGUCCCCUACAGCUUACACACUCCCCAUAAAAGCAUGUCAGCCAUUCCUCCGCCUCAUCCACCUUACCUGGAAGCCCCAAAGUCAUCUCCGCGGACAUGUGUCUUGCUGCCGGUCAUCAAACCAAGGCAGUACCUACCGCCUCCACCUCAAACACCUCGACAGCCGCCCCCGCCACCACCACCCCAACUCGCCACAGUUUACUCAUCUCAACUAGCCCGAUCGCAGAUCGAACUGUACCAGCAGCAGCUGUAUAGCGACGUAGACUAUGUGAUCUAUCCCAUUCAGGACCCAGCGGUGAGUCAACAGGAGUACCUCGAUGCGAAGCAAGGUUCAAUCCUGGCUGCUAUGGCACAGAGUCCACCUCCACCACCCUAUCUCGCCUACCAUGCAGCUCCGUCUACGAGUUCCUGGGACACUUGCAAAGGUCAUGCCAUCUACCGAUCAACGCCCUACUUGCCAAUGGCUGUGCCACUGUCCAACACCCAUUCCCGCUACGCUUCUACGCAAAAUCUCUCAGAUUCCUACGUACAGCUACCCGGAGCCUACUCUCCCCUCUAUUCACCAUCAGUAGCCAGCCUGUGCUCAUCGUAUGAACCACCACCGCCCCUUCCACUUCGACCCAGACCCAUCAGCACAACGUCAAUCUUCUCCCGAUCGCGCUCAGAUGACAACAUUCUCAAUUCAAUCGAUGCACAACCCAAGGCUAGACGACUACCGCCACCUCCUCCACCGAUUGACGCCAAGAGAAGUCUCAAGCCACCCAUUCCGACACCAACGGAAAAUACCCAAGUAUCUGCGAGCACGAGUAAAACCAUCCCAGUACCAUCACCUGCCAAAUCAACCCAAGCCCAAGUCAACGGAAGUACUACAACGGGAAAGGCUGAGUCCAGUACGUCACCGCCUACAAUAGACAUCCAUGCCCUGCGUGAGAAGAGUAAGAAUCUGGAUCUACCGCUCAUAGCUGCCCUGUGCAACGAUCGCUCGCUCCUGAAGCAGACCAAGGCCUUCGUAAUGCCACGCCAUCCACGGCUGGGCAGUGGUCAAAUCCUAGGCGGUGUCGCCAAUUCCGCUGUUGCUAGUCACACGGCCAUUAAGGGAAAGUACCCGGUAUCGGGUCUGAGUACCGUACAGCUGGCCAAGCCACGCAAAUCUACCGUGAGCCAUCGGCAUCCUAGCGAUAAAUUGCCACCGCUUCCGUGUCAGUGUCAAACCAAGGCCACCGAGGGUAAUAACUACGUCAUGGAUCCCACACCAACACCCAUCAAGCACAAAAGCUUCAAUUCGCAGCCCAGCACGUGACAAUGUAAGCCCAUUCAAUGGGGAAACGCGCGUGGCAAAGCAUCCCGGCUUUGCGGAAUGCCCGAACUCUUAUGCCUUAUGCCCUAGACACACUUACGACUUAAGCCGAAAGACGACUUAGUGGAAAACUAUGGAAAUGUAGUUUGACCAUUAUUUCUAAUCAAAAUAAUG